CAUACCAAUGAAGAUGGCGGCGGUGGGGUCCGCCAAAUCCGCUGGACUGGGGCAGAGAGGCGAAACCAGGCCUGGCGCUCUCGCUGCUCCUCUGAGCCUGGAGGAGGCCCGGUGCCCGGUGUGCUCCGAGAUACUGCUGGAGCCGGUAACGAUGCCAUGCGGACACUCGGUGUGCCUGCAUUGUUUCCAGCGGACGGUGAAGUUAAUCAGUCUGUGCUGUCCGCUGUGCCGGCUGCGGGUGUCCAGCUGGGCCCGGAGACAGUCCCGGGAGAAGAGCCUGGUCAACACCGACCUCUGGGAGCUGGUGCGGCUCAGUCACCCGGAGAGAUGCAGGCGGAGGCUGGAGCAGAGAGACCGAGAGGUCUCGGACGGAGGUUCGGAGGACUUGACGUAUAUUACAUAAUCAGCAGUUUGAAAUCAUUAUUUACGCUUCGAGAAAGCGCAGCAUGACAUGUUAUUUCUUCAGGGUGGAGGAAGUGAAGAAACUGAAGAGAGGAAGAAAAAAAUCCACAGAAAAGAAGAGUGUGGGAUGCUGAAACAUUGUCAAUAUCCUUUCUGUGGAGUGUCCGACUCUGAGAAUGAAGAGCCGGUGGGAAAGAGGACCCGACACGUUUCAGCAUUUGUGCGAAAAACAAGAUGCUCCCCUGCUUUCAAUAGAGGUUGUCUUCAUAGCAGUGCUGUCCAGAGGAGCAGGAGCUGUACAGAUUCUGAGGACGGAAGAGGAAAAAACAGAGGUCACGCACAUCAUGCCGUUCCUGAAAAGGCUAGCAUCACUCAUAGUUACAACGCUGGAAUCCUUCUGUCCUCAGAGAACAGUCGCUCUUUCUCAGCUCCGGUACUGAGCUUAGAUAAGAGACACCAUUGGCGGGGCAUCCACACCUCAUCCGCUUCGCUCGUGCUUCAGACCAAACCAGAGAGAUCUAUUAGCCCAGAGAGCAAUGACAGCAUAUCGGAAGAACUCAACCAUUUCAAGCCUAUUGUCUGCUCGCCGUGCACUCCACCCAAAAGGCUGCCCGAUGGGCGACUUUUGGAACCUACAAUCGUGAAGUCAACCCCUAGGAACUUGACACGCACUCUGCACAAGUCCACAAGCUACGAGGCCAGCCCGACCAUCUUGCAGAAGUGGAAGCAGAUUGAAGUUGAUCGUCAGUGUAUCAAGGUGACCUCAAAAGGUACAGUCACCAGUCCGAUCGCAGAGGAUCUUAGCCUUAAACUGAGUCCCGUUGAAGAACAGGACAGCCGACUCUGCAGCUGUACUGUAGCCAAGGACAGCUUGCAAGAUCAUCAGUGCAUUUGUGAAUCAAGUGCUAAGGAUCAGAAGGAUAAACCUGUAGUCUGUAAUAAACGACGGCUUGUAUUUGAUCAGUGUAACAAAGAGGAAGGUACACAGCCAGCUAGCACUCACAUCAGGUCGACAACUCAAACCAUUGCAGAUACUUCAUCUGCAAAAGGGCGAAGCAAACGUGAAGCACUCUGUGAACCCACAGAAAUUUGUGAACCGAUGCUUGAUAAACCUGCUGGACACUGUAAUCUGGGUACUGAAGACCUAGAUAACUUCAUAAAUGAGCCUACCACCAGGAGCUGUGUAUUUAACAGACCUACCUCAAGAAGGGGCAAAAAGAGAAGCCACAAAACCAAACAUUUGGAAGAGACCCUACAGACAAAAAUGUCCCGGAUAGAUGUCUGUGACAGGUUUGAUGAUCUGAUUGUCCAGCAAACUAAUCAGGAAAAGGAGGACAGAGAACUGGCACUAAAGCUACAAAGACAGUUUGACAGAGAAUGUCAAAAAGUAGACAGGAACAAAACAAGUCAUAACAAAUACGAACUCCGGUCCUGGGCUUCAAAAGAUGGGAUGGUAGGACACAGUACACGCAGAUCAGGAAGAAUCUCCAAACAAAAUGAGCACUUUAGCUACAGCUGUUAAAGGAACCUCCGGUUAUGGUAGUGUUUUAUUGUAAUGAUUUGUCACGGUCACAAACGUUUUCUUUGUUGAGGCACUACAGAGGCUUUCUAAGACUGGAUAAGUAUUGCAAGAUGAGGUAUUUACUUUUUUGACUUUUCAUCCAAAGCAACUUGCGUUAGUCGAGUCCACCUAGAGCAGAGGUGCCAAUCCUGUUCCUGGAGAUCUCGCAAAGUUCAGCUCCAACCUUGAUCAAACACAACAG